CCUUCUUGGCAGACGACUGGCUCAGUUGUGUUCAACUCGUGCGCUCAGACGGUUCGAAGUUCGUCGUUGUACCGUCGUGUUGUGUUCUCGCAGGCAGUGUGUGUUAUCAGCGGUUGAUCUGAGUCGGAAGAUUCUCGUUGUCGGUUCGCUGUCCUUGUACACGGAACGGAGGGCUUGUCCGCAGGACGGUGUGUCGUGACUCCAGAUUUGUUUACCUCUCUCGUGGUUCGUUUUAUUCUUGGUUUUCUGGAGGAUUGGCGAAGGAAGAAUCGCGGUGAAGUUCCAUGUGUUGAGAAAGGUUCGGCGAAGGUUGUUUCGAAAAAGAGGUACAAAAAGUUGGAGGCUAUUCGGAGAAUUGUGCUGGUUCUUCUGGAGCUGUGAUUAAAGAAUCGUUUCCAAUUGAUACAAUUUGGCCAGCCAUUAUCUGGUGGAAUUUCGAUUGUUGUCGUGUCGUUGCAUGUGGGAUGCAUACAAUUAGAGUGAUUCAUGAGAUAAACAUUCCGGCACGAAACUCGAGGAAAAGAUCGAUCAUAAUUGAUUGUCGGAGCUUUAUUGCUGUGGUCGCGUGAUUGGGGAGUGAAACAGUUUCGACGCCGACCCAAAGAAGUCGGUCGAGAAGAGAAGACGUGAAAGAAUCUCAGUCUGUGGGGGAAGUUGUUGUGGCUGGCGUACGGAGAUCGUGAGGUGUCCGACAGAAACCAGUAAGCAGUGGCGAAUCGAAUGUAACUCGAUAGACGGUAUUUCGGAACGGCGAUCGGAAAGAAGUUGGAAAAGCUGGUUGUGAGAUCGGUGAUCGGAGAGUUGUUACCGGUGGAAAAGCUCCCUGCAAGACUCCCCUUCUGCAGUCAGCCCAAUUCCUCGCCAUCGUUCCACCAGACUGCACCGGCCAUAAUCUCGAUCUAGAUCAUCAAGUUGGGCCUCAGCCCGGUAGCAGUCGAUUAUCCAAUCUAAAAGAAGAAGAAGAAUAAGUAAAAAAAAACGGCUAUGAUGAAAACAUAACGAUAUCGUCAAUAUGUAACGCAACAAAAAGAGAGAGAAAAAAGGCGCGAAAAAAGAGUAACCGGAAAAUGCACGUAUAAAUCACACCCUUAAGAGUCGGUUGUGGUAAGAAAAGGAAGAAAGAGAAGAAAAAAGAUAAAAAUAUAUAAGAAAAAUUAAGCAGCAAGAUAACAACAACGCAAAAAGUAGGAAAGGAAAAGUGAAAGAUCAUCAUCGCCGUCGCAGCUCACAGCUGGCAAACAAGUCCGCGGUUUUCCCGACUGCACCGCCGCCGCUGAUCUACGCAGCAAUUUACGCUCCACGAGUGAUGAGAAAGUGUUGAUUUAUAAUAAUUUUCAUUUUUAUAGAGACCCCUUUCUGGGUGGAAGCUGACUGCCUGCCGAGAAAAUUGAUUCAGCCGAAGAGAGCAAAUAAAGUGGUGGUUUUAUUUUUUGGUGCAAUAAAAGUUAAUAGAAAACUUUUGAAGAAGCGAGAAAAAAAACGCGUUAAAAGUAGUGGCUUCAAUUAAGAUUUAUUGGUCGAUGUAACUUUCCGGUGCAUCAUUCGAAACCCGCUUUCUGGCAGCACUGCCGAUUUUUAAGGCGAAAAAGCCAAGGUGUCAAUUGAGAGAGGUGUCAAUCCCCCCCGUUCAGUGCGCGUUAGUGUGUGAGUGAAAAGGAAGACCAAGAAAAGGCCUCAAAGUGUCGUUCAAAGGGUCAAAAAUGGCACCGGGUAACGGUGCGGGGGCUCCGGAGGGAGGUGGUGGCGGAGGAGGCUCCGGUCCACCGAGCAGAACGCCGUCCAUCAUGGACAGUCCGACGCUGGCCCGGGUUGAGAGGGCCCGGCUGAGGCAGGAAGCGGCGGCGGCGGCGGCGGCCAAUGGUGGUGGUGGAAGUCAGCCCCAUCUGAGGGAGGACAGCUUGGAGCGGGUGCUGCUGGAUCCAAAGAAAUCCCUCCUAAUUGGACGCAUCCCGGUGGCCCAGAUGACCGGACCGAUCAAACGAGGCCUGCUCUGGCAGCAGCGGGACCGACUCUUCUCCAGAUGGAAGGAAAGAUAUUUCAUCCUGACACGUGAUUAUCUAAACUGCUUCAAACGGUCGUCCGGAUCGGCGUCGGAGAAAAUUUCCGACAUGGGACAGUUUAUCUUUAAGAUCAAACUGGUCGACGUGGAGAAGGUCGAGUGGCUGAACCGCCGGUCGUACAGCGCAAUUGGCUUGCUUCUCGGCUCGCGAGAAGGUCGCGUCUUAUUGCGCUGCGACCAAGGCCUCGAGGACUGGUUCGAGCUGCUGGAGGAGUGCACCCUGAGCAGCAAGGAACGCCGACGGGCACUCCGGCUAACCCAGGGCCCACGCUCGCGGGCUUCGUUGGCCGCUCCCGUUUCGCACGCUUCCCUGCAGAGCAACCAUCUCGGGCUGGGCGGAACCUACUCCGGUGCGAUCGAGGACUGGCUUAUGUCGCGGCACCACAAGGCCGGCGGAGGUCACCACAAUCAUCACCAUUUGCAUCACUUUUUGCACUCGGACUCGGUCCCGGACCUGACCACCAUCAACGAGAACCACGGCCUGACCAGCGGACUGUUGACGAACCAUUCGACGCCGAAGAAGGUCCCCAACGCACGCCACAAUCUGUCCGGAAGUUCGACGAAUGGGUACAACAGCCACAACGGAAGCUUCUGCAACGGGUUCCCGUACUCGCCACUGAAGAAGCUCUCGGACAACUUUAUCAACGGCAACAGCACCUACAUCAUCAACGACGAGGACGAGGAGGUUGAGUUGCGCCGCGGAGGUCGCUACCGCGUGGAGCAGGAUGACCUGUACCGGCGUCCGCUUGGCCCGGCCGGCAACAGCAACGACAACAACCGUCACUCACCAGUGCUGACCGAUUUGGACUUUUCCGCGUGUGACAGCGGGUUGGACACGCCACCGUCCACGCACCGGCCCUCGAGCUGCCGGGACAACAUGUAUCUGAUUGCGGCGUACAACCACCACAACCAGAGUCACCUCGCGAUGAUGAACGGUGGCAAGGACAAGACCACCGACACCGGGAUCAGCUCGUCCCGUGGGACGUUGGUGUCGCCGGCGAACAGCAUUCGGCACGGACUCAACGGCAAUAACAACAACAACAGCUACAAUAUGAACAGUUAUGGGUCGAGAUACAGCGUCCAGGAGCAGAAGAUUCUGCGCGCCCGCAACAACCACCAGGAGGAAACCAACGGCAAAAACUCGAUUCGUUCGAUCCGCGCUGAGUUUUUCGAGCAGAACAAAUACAACAACAACAACAACAAUCACCUGGCGAACAGUUCCACCAACAACAGUCCGGCCCAUAACGGUGGCCAUCACUACCACCAUGGUCAUCACCAGCACCAACAUCUGGUCGGAAGCAACGGAAACAUUCACCAACAACAGCAACAACACCAGCAUCAUCACCACGUGGUCAACGGACUGAACAACAAUCAACAGCAGCAGCAGCAGCAGCAGCCUCACUUUAACGGCAACAGUAUUAACAGCACCAACGGAAACGGGACGGCCGCGCUGCGGGACCGCUACCAGCAUCCGGCCCUCGCCGCAAUCAUCAACGAAUCCCAGGGAAUGAAGUUUAGAGAUCGUUCCUACUCGGAUUGUCAGCAGCAGGUGCCUCGUCGGCAGUGGACCAGCAACACGCCCAGCCCGAAGCGCAUCCCGUACCUGGGAACGCCCCCAACCCGGGUCUAAUCGAUUCCUGGCCACGUGGAAGAUGACGGUUAAGAAAAACAGCGAAUUUUCAAAAAAAAAUGUAGUUUCGUCACAGUAGAAAAAAGAAUCAAAAAUUAGAAGCACCAUAGGAUCGUAGCACGUGCGUGUAUUUGUGAUGAAAUUCUAAAAAAAGCUUAGAAUUAAUCAGUCAGAUGAAAACGUCCUGCGGUGCGAGCCUUUGCCGGAGUUGCAAAGAUUCGAGUUUUUCUCCCCUAACUAAUCCAUUUAGAAUAAUUAUUUUUACCACCCUUAACUUUAAACUGUAGCAUUAGCGAGCGUUAGGCGUAGUAAGCUUAUGUUAGCAAGCAAACAAAAAAUCGUGUUCGUGUUUCGUCGUUAGUGAGUUCUUUUCUUCAAGACUGCCUACCUACACACAACCGGAUGUGCUCGAAACGAAACGAAGCCAAAAUCAACAAUACAACGCAUCGCAGCUUCAGGAAGCUACUACUCUCGAGGAACGUGUAAUCAAAAGUUAUUCAAAUUACUCACUGUAUACUUGUGCGGUAGUCGAACGAAGAUCGAAACGUUAAAAUAUUGCUUUUAAAGUGUUUUGUGUUUUCACUUUCUUAUGUUCUACAGCAAAUGUUAGUUAAAAGUUAUUCAAAGAAAAACCCGAUUUGAAAACUGUUCUGUUCGAAAAUAUUGUUGCAAGCUUUACGUUCUGUUUAAAAAACACGAUUAAAAUGAGGUGUUCAAAAUUUAUAAAAUAUACUUAAACACAUAAGGCAAACAAAAACAACUCAAUUCAAUUGGAAAACUAUACAACAGCAAGCAGGUGUGUUCAUAUAGUUGCUAAAAGUAAGCCCAACAAAAAACAUAAUUACACUAUAGAUUGUGAAUUGGAACGAACAUUUUUGCGCAAUAAAAAAAACAUUGUAGAACAAUUUGUGUUAGCAAAUAAAAUUUGUCGGAAAUAAAAAAAA